AUGGCUGAUGAAAAGCUACAAAACAGCUCUCAAUGGUUGAAAAAUGGCGUCGGCGAGCGGCAGCGACAACAGCACCCCAAAGGUCCCACCAAAAUGUCUACAACAAACAAUUCUGAACAAGUUGAAUACAUCCGAGACGAUGUUAGAAAAAUAUUCAUCGGAGGGCUUACAAGAGAAACUACUGAAAGAAAUUUAAGUGAACAUUUUAGUCAGUUUGGUGAAAUCGAAUUUGUUAAUGUCAAAAUAAAUAUUGUCACUGGUAGAGGCAGGGGGUUCGCUUUCAUUGUUUUCAAGACGACAAAAGGCCUAGACAAUGCCUUGGCAUGUCCUAAUCAUGUAAUCAAUGACAAGGAAGUUGAAAUCAAAAAAGCUGUACCACGACAAGUUAAGUUAUUUGUUGGAGGAUUGUCUCCUGACUUAACUGACGAUGACAUCAAAGAUUAUUUUACACGCUAUGCACCGCUUGUGGUUGCUGAAAUGCCAUAUGAUAAAGUUAAAAAGCAACGAAAAGGUUUUUGCUUUCUUACAUUUGAUAGCAUUCAGGCAGUAACUGAAAUAUUAAAAUUUCCAACACAUGUGAUUCAAGGAAAACAAGUUCAUGUAAAAAAAGCAAAAUUUUUCAAAGAUUAUCGUAUGAAKUUUCGUUCUUUAAGACCUAUGAGAGGAAUGCGAGGGCAUUUUAGGGGCCGACGAGGUAGAGGAGGGUAUUAUCAUAAUCAAUACAUGGGAUACAGACCUGACUACAGCUAUACUUACGGUUAUCCAGGUCAUGGUACUGGUAUAAGAGAACGUAAUCAGUAUAAGGGCUAUAAACCAUCUGCACCUCGUGGUAGCCACAGAAAUCAAAUUAUCAUUGAACCUAAGAACAGUAGUCUAGUUAGUUCUGAUGUCCCUUUAUUACCAUCUGAUAUUACUUCAACUAAUUUGUCUCCUGUGCUGGACUCUAAUGCAGAUGACAAUAGCCACAGUGUCAAUUCUCAAUAUAUGGAAAAUAUGCCUUGUGUUUGGAAUAGUAGUGAAUCGUUUUCACAACCAUCUAGUUCUAGUGAUGAAAGUAUACUCAAAAAUUGGAGUAUUGAAUUUAAAAUCAACCAUAACGCCUUGCAAGUUUUACUAUCAAUUUUAAGGGAAACACCAACAUUUCAAAAUCUUCCUAAGGAUCCUAGGACAUUUUUAAUGACACCUAAAACAACAAUUAUGCGAGUUGUAAAAACAGGGUUGUAUUAUCAUUUUGGCAUGUUAAAUAGUUUGAACAAUAUUUUUAAUAAACAAUUAUCUGUUUCGUCGAUUAAGUUAGCAAUAAAUAUUGAUGGUCUUCCUUUAAGUAAGUCUUCAGGAAGUCAACUUUAUCCUAUUCUGGGAAUUAUUAAAGAUUAUAAGCCAUUAAAUAAUAUUGUCUUCCCUAUUAGUAUUUAUCAUGGCCAAGAAAAACCUUGUAGUUUUAAUAACUUUCUAGAAGAAUUUGUUUCUGAAGCUGUUGGUUUAUGUGAUGAAGAUAUUAUGGUUGCUGGAAAGUUAACCCGUAUUGAAAUAUGUAUGUUAUUAUUUGAUACAGUAGCUAAAGCAAGUGUGUUGUAG